AUGACAGCUUAUGAUGUAGAGCGAGGAGCCCCAGCUGCACCAAAACAUCCAGAUAGGCCACAGCCAAUGCAUACGGAGGAGCCACGGCCGGUUGAGAUACCUGCGGACAUGAGAGCACCUGCCCCUGCAAUGCCCUCUAUAGGACCUAUGCCUGAGGUUGCAUCUUCUGCUCCUCCUGCCACACCAGGGACUCCGUUAGUUGUACCAGCUACAUCUGAGCCUCCUCCUCCAUUUGAGUCUAGGAUUGCCAUAUCCAUUUCAGAGUUCAGAGGCUUAUGUCAUACUAUGCAGACAUUGACCGCUACUCAGAGCAUCCUGACCCAGCAGAUGGCGACCAUACGUGCCCAUCAGGAUCAGCUUAUCGCCACCCAGACCCAACAUACUGCCAUCCUUAGUCAGAUACAACAGCAUUUGGGUAUUCUAUUGCCCCCUGAGCACGAUAUACCUAUCCCAUCAGAGCCUACAGAUCCAUCAUAG